AUGUAUAAUUACGCCGUCUACACGCCGAUCGAACGCCCCGACCUGUGGGAGGCCCUUGAUGAUGCGGAGCACCCUCUCAACGUCGUCUGGCCCGAGUUUCUCGAUCACGAUGUGGCCUACGCACGAUAUUGCGGGGUAUUGUCUCGCUUGGGUCCUUUGGCACGGUUCCAGUUUGCUUUCGUCCAUGUCGGUCCACAGGGCCAGGAGGUUAUCGCCGGGCACGGACGGUCGAUCCCGUUCUUCUGGCCUGAGCUAGAGACCGUUGGCACGACCGGAUGGCGGCCGGAGGUCCUCGACUCGCUGCCUGCGCAAGGAUACAGCGCCAUUCUAACCACCGGGGUGCAGCAGAGUCAGGGCGAUGGACCAGCUCCGAACGCGCUGUCGGCGCUCUCUGUCACCGUGCAACCAGACUAUCGACGGACCGGUCUGGCGGAACUGAUCAUUGACACCAUGAAGCGCGCCGCCCUCCUCGAAGGCUUCUCUAUCCUCGUCGCGCCCCUCCGACCCACGCAGAAGUCCCGCUUUCCCGAUGUACCCAUGGAGCAGUACCUGCACUGGACGACUGAGUCGGGACUCCCCUUGGACCCCUGGCUGCGCAAGCAUGUCCGUCUCGGGGGACAGGUGGCCAAAAUCGCGACCCGAAGCAUGGUGGUGUCGGGGACGCGCGAGGAGUGGAAGUCGUGGGUGGGAAUCGAUAUGCACCUCGAGAUGCAACGAGCUCCCGACCGAGGAAAGAUGAAAUCUUUCCCUGUUCCGAUCCCCGGGGGUUUGGUGCCGGUAGAGUACCAGCCGGAGAAUGAGGUGGGAGUGUACGUGGAGCCCAACAUCUGGAUCUACUACCGCCUACAGUAG